AUGCCGAAAGCAAAGGACAAGAAGUCCAAAGCCGAGGCAAAAGCCCAAAAACAAGCCAAACAGGCGAAGAAGGCGGCUAAAGGCGAGAAGAAGGUCAAGGCCAAAAACGCAGAUGUCGACAGCGACGCGGAGGACAAUGUGGACUUUGAUGCAGUGCUGGCCCGCUAUGCUGAAGAGCAAGCACAUUUUCUCAAGGUGACAGAAGAGAAAUGCAGCCCACCGUCGGCACGUUCGUCUUGUUCCAUGGUUGCUUCUCCCAGUAAUCGCAACGAACUUUUCAUCUUUGGCGGAGAGUUCAUGGAUCAGACAGGACUCUGCCGGUUCUACAAUGAUCUUUUUGUGUACAACAUCAGCAAGGGUGAGUUUAGCCAAGUGACCUCUCCUAACAGCCCUCCACCCAGGUCCGGUCAUGCUUGGUGUCGAAGCGGAAAUACAGCGAAAAUCUACUUGUUCGGUGGCGAGUUCUCUAGCCCCAAACAAGGAAUUUUCUAUCACUUCAACUCGUUCUACAUGCUCGAUCCCGAUACUCGAGAGUGGACUCAAAUUGAACCUAAGGGAAAAGGCAAAAGCCCUCCAUCCAGAAGCGGGCACCGCAUGACCUACUGGAAGAACUACAUAAUUCUCUUCGGUGGGUUCCAGGACACGAGUCAGCAGACCAGAUACCUCAACGACACUUGGAUCUUCGAUUGCAGGGAGAACGUUUGGCACGAACUAAAACUUGCAACUGUGACCAGCCAGAAGCCGGACCCCAGAUCCUCGUUCAGCUUUCUCCCCCAUGAGUCUGGCGCCGUGCUUUUCGGCGGAUACUCACGAGUCAAGAUUACAACCAGUAAAGCAAAACCUGGCAAAGGUGGACCACAACGGGAUGUUCUUAAGCCCUUCAUUCACCAAGACACUUGGUUCCUGCGGAUAACACCACCGCCUGACGAUGCAGUGAGUGGCACACCACCAACGAUGCGGUGGGAACGAAGGAAGCGACCGGCAAACACACCAAACCCGCCGCGAACUGGAUCGACGAUGGCUCACCACAAAGGUCGAGGUAUCUUCUUCGGUGGUGUUCAUGAUGUCGAAGACAGCGAAGAGGGCAUCGACAGCGAAUUCUUCAACGAAUUGUUGAUAUGGAAUAUCGAUCGAAAUCGCUUUUUCCCUUUGGCUUUGCGGAAACCCAAGGCAGGGGGCAAAAAGCAAACCCAGGUGUCUCGCGGAAGAGACAGGGGUAAAGCUGAUGAAGAAGAGCUCCUACGCAAUCUUGCCGCACUCGAGACAAAGGGAUCUGUCACGCAAACAGAAGACGUGGAGAUGAAGCUUAAUGACACACCUCCGGAAGAGCUAGAGACUAAGAGAGAAGUUCCGAUCAAAUUCGAACUGCCACACGCCCGGUUCAAUGCGCAGCUCACAGUGCAGGAGGAUACGCUGUUCAUUCUCGGAGGAACAAUAGAGAAGAAGGACGUAGAGAUUACGUUUUCCGACCUCUACGCAAUCGAUCUGGGCAAGCUCGAUGGCGUAAAAGAACUUCAUUACGAAGAACCGGUCAACUGGAAUGCUGCAGCUGCUCCUAGUGACGAUGAAGAGGAUGAAGAUGAUGACGAAGAUUCUGCGAUGGAUUCCGAUGAGGAAGAUAAGGACACCAUGUCAGUCGACACUCCUUCAACUCCGGCUACAGAGAUUGCCCAGGAGCCAGAGAUCAAGGACGAGGUCGAGACCGAGCACAAAGCCCAAGAAGACCCCCGUCCCUUCCCUCGCCCAUUCGAGAGCCUGCGAGAUUUCUUCGCUCGGACGUCAGAGGACUGGCAAAAAUUGCUGCUGGCAAAACAGGCCUCCACCGCUACCUCGACGCAGACCGUCAAGGAGCUACGCAAGAAGGGAUUCGCGGAUGCGGAAGAGCGCUGGUGGGAUGCUAGAGAGGAGGUUAUGGCUCUCGAAGACGAGCAAGAGGCUGCAGGUAUUGGUGAAGUGAUGAACAUUGCUGACCGCCAAAUUGAGGCGGGUCCUCGCCGACGUUGA